UGGCUCCGAAUAGUUGUCGAUCACCAGCGACUUGUAUCGACGCAGCUUCACCGCCAGCUUGUCUCCCUUACCGGUCGCAGACAAGACCUCGGCGCGGGACACGACCAGGAACGCGGGGUUGUCGGGGCUGGGCCCACGAACCACGUCCACUUCGUCACCCACUUGACACUAGAGCGAGAGACUCAGGACGUGAGUGGGUGAGGAGCAAAAGCAAAGGAAUGUGAAUCAACAUGAUGAAAAUUGGGAAGGUUAAACCCCGCACGUAGGAAGAUACACAAAAACAUCUAAAAGUAAAUGAAUUAAAUAGUGCUUACUUAAUGUUAAGCUUUAGCAAUUGAUUUUUAAUUUGAAUAUAAUAUCUAAUUAUUCGCGAAUAUUUUUAAUACUUGCAAACAAUAUUAUGUUAUAGUCACAAUGUGGGACUGGCACAGAUAAAAUGAUUGGGUGUGGGGAGACGGGAGCACCUCGAAACAAACCUACCAAAUUACUGGAACGUUCGCCACGUUUCCCACUUGCGGAAAAAUUCUGCUUUGAACCCGGAUCACCCCGAGUCGAAUGAGCAGGGUUGCCACUCGUCUGGAAAACCGGGAAAACCGGGAAUUGUCAGGAAAUUUGAAAGCUGUCAGGGAAAUCAGGGAAAUGUCAGGGAAUUAGGAAAAGAGUAGUCAAAUGUCAGGGAAUUUAAUGGUUAGUGGUUAGCUCUCAAUUCGGGCGUAUAUUCCAGAAACACAGAUUUGGGUAUUUAUUUUGUAAAAUUUGCAUGUUUGUAAUACCAAAAUAAAUAACUUUACCGGAAGAAUUAUACAACUCGUGUAGUGUUUGUUCUGAAAACGUAUUUUUAUUUGAUCUACUCCGAUUUCGACCGUGCCUGCGACAACAUUUUCGAAAACUCAGAAUCGAUUGUACAAGUGUUCAUAUUCCAUUUUCGAUUGUUUCAGUAUAUUGACUAUCGAAUGUGAUAUAAAAAUGGCGACCGCAUCUUUGAUUGUAGUGAUGUGCCCGUGGUUUUGUAUUGAUUAAUUAAAGAAAAGAGUUCCUAAGAAGAAAACGUGAAAAGAUGUCACUCUCAAAGUCCAGACUUACUGAGUUUAAUGAUGGCUGGCUUUGUGAUCAACGGUUUCAGCCAUGGCUUCAAAAGGUUGAGAAAGACAAGCAUGUCUUCUGCUCUUUGUGUCGGAGCACUCUCAGUUCAAGCAACAUGGGAAAAAGAGCAGUUACAAGUCAUCUCAAUGGUCAGAAACAUAAGUCUCGUUCUCGGGUAAAUAGUGAAUGUGAUCUGAGAAUUUUUCUAAAAAAAAGUAACACUGAUGCAAGUACUAGUUCUCAGGAGUCUUCAAGAUUUAGUCAAUCUGAGGAAAGUUUGCAAGAGAAUAAAUGUGCAAAAGAUGUUAAUGAAAGUGAAAAUUUGUCAUUCUUAAAUACAAAAGAAAUUGUCUCCCAACAGUCUGUUACGUCUCGUCCAUUGCAGUCAUUCUUAUUGAAAAAUGAAAAUACCAAAGCCGAUAUAUUAUGGUGCCUUCUAGUUGUAAUGAAUCAUUGGUCAGUGAAUUCUGCAGGGAAAGCUGUUCAAGUUUUCAAAGCUAUGUUUAGUGAUAGUUCAAUAGCCAUGAACAUGCGUCUUCAACGCACAAAGAUUUCAUACACCAUAGUUUAUGGUUUAGCUCCAUAUUUUCACAAGGAGUUAUUGCAAGAAAUUUCUCAGUGUGAUUUCUUUGUCAUUUCUUUUGAUGAAUCACUUAAUAAAAUUGCCCAGAAAGAACAGAUGGACAUUGUCAUUCGCUUUUGGAGCAAAUCUAAGGACACUGUAAGUACACAUUAUUUCACUUCAGUUUUUUUGGGUCAUACAACUGCUGCUGACCUUAUACGAUCUUUUAAAGAGGCAGUAUCAGAACUAGACUUACGAAAGCUAAUGCAAUUAUCCAUGGAUGGGCCAAAUGUGAAUAUUAAGUUUUUGGCAGACUUAAAAGCAGACUUGAACAGAGACCCUUCAGAUCAUGUGAUAAUGGAAAUUGGCUUGUGUGGGUUGCAUACUCUUCACAAUGCUUUUAAGGUCGGAAUGAACAGUUGUGAAUGGAAAAUUUUUCAUUUUUUGCAUGCUAUUUACAACUUUUUCAAGGAUCGGCCUGCAAGAAGGAGUGACUACACAAUGUUUUCUGGAUCAACAAAAUUUCCAGUUAAAUUUUGUAAUGUGAGAUGGCUUCAGAACUUUGAGGUUGCACAGAGGGCCCUUGAAAUUAUUCCCAACUUGAAGAAGUAUGUAGAGGGAGUUAAGGAAAAUAAGAAGGAACCAGUUAUGUCUGGUAGCUAUGCAGCAAUGGUAGGAGGUAUACGUGACAAAUUGAUGCCUGCUAAAUUAGCUUUCUUUUGUUUUCUUGUGAAGGAAAUAGAAGACUUCUUGGAGUGCUUUCAAACUGAUGCCCCUAUGGCACCCUUCUUACACACAGAACUCACUAACAUUCUUAUGUCCUUGAUGAAACAUUUUGUGAAGCCUGAGACAAUAAGUUCCAAGAGUAUAGCAAGCAUUGAUUUGUCAAAAUCUGAAGCUCUGUUACAUGCAAAGAAGGUAGAUGUAGGGUAUGGUACACGUGAUGCUCUAAGACGAAUAGAUUCAGUUAAAGAAAUUGACAUUCUUUCUUUCAAGCAGGACUGCCGCACAAUUCUCCAAACAACGUGCAAGAAAAUUAUAAUCAAGUCUCCUUUAAAAUUCAAGCUUGCGAAGGGAAUUACUUGUUGUGAUCCACAAAUGAUAGUGAAAUCGCCCCAAAUAGCUGAGCAGCGUUUACAGAUGUCAUUAGAAGUGUUUGUAGAAAACUACUGGCUGUCUGGUUUGGAAGCACAGAAAAUCCACUCUAACUUCAAAGAAGUCUUUCAGAGUCCAGAAAUGUUAGCAGAUUUAAAGAAUUUUCGUCGAAAAGAAUCUAGGUUAGAUGAGUUCUGGACAAACUUUGUAGUGAAGCAUGAUACAUCCAAAGAACUAGUAACAUUUAUCAAAAUGGUAUUGGUAUUUUCGCAUGGUAAUGCAAGUGUAGAACGUGGGUUUACAGUUAAUAAAGAUUGUCUUGUUGAAAACAUGCAUGAGAGGUCUCUGAUUGCACAAAGACAAGUUUGGGAUGGAGUGCAAGCAUCUGGUGGAGUUGUACAAGAUUUGAAUAUUACAAAGACUAUGAUUCUGUCUGCCCGCAAUGCUCAUAGUAAAUAUCAGGAUGCACAGACUGAACAGAAGAAAAGUAAUGAAGAUAAAGAAAAAGAAAAAGAUGAGAAGAAAAGGGUUGCAGAUAUUAAAAAUGAUCUUGAAAUGCAAAAAAAGAAGAAACUGGAAGAGUUGACCCUUGUUGAUGAACAAAUUCGUGGCCUUGUGAAGAAAUAUUAAAUUGGGAUUUUAAUCAUUGAGAAGUGUGGAAGUUGUGUAAAUACUUGUGCUUAAGUGAACUAAGUUUUAUGUUAAAUGUCUUAAAAAUGUGCAUCAAAAAAUGUAGAUCUAUGUUACUGUGUGGGAAGCAUUAAGUUUUCAACAAACUGUAAAGCAUAAACUUAUGUUUUACUACUGCAAAAAUUUUUCUGAAUGGAUGAAUUAAUGCUGUUGGUGCUCAGACAGGUAAGGAAUUAAUUAUACAACUAUAUGUUAAAUUUGAAGUAUUCAGCUGUUGAAAUUGCCAGCAGAUGUUGUGUUGCAAUUUUUUUAAUGAAUAUUUUUUUUCAAAAACAGAAAGUGUUUUGUAACUGUCUUCCAUAUAGGAUUAUCAGAAAAUAUGAAUACAGUAUGUUAGCUUAAUGAGUUUUCUUACUUAUCAGUAGGUGUAGGGCAAUAAUUUUGUUUAUAGUUGAAUGUAUGUAUUAACAUAACCUCGCUUCAUCUACUAGUAUUCUCUAUUGCUAUUGCAUAGUAACUAAACAAACUUAAUUUACUUAGUCCAAAAGUUCUAACAAUGAAACUAUUGUGAUUUGAAUAACAAAAAAUAUCAUCCUUUUUGUGAUUUUGUAGUAAAAAAAUUGUCAGGGAAAAACAUCUUUUUUGUCUGGAAAUCAGGGAAAUGUCAGGGAAUUUGUAAAUGAAAAAUUAGUGGCAACCCUGAAUGAGACUACCAGCAUAACGAGCAGAAGUCGAAAAUAUGACUUGCACCUAAUGAACAUGCCAAAUGAUAUGGUG